AUGGCCACCACCACGUCCAAGCCCGUCCUGCACUACCUCGACAUCGGCAGCCUCGGCCGCGGCGAAGUCGUGCGCCUCUUCCUAGUAGACGCCGGCAUCGAGUUUCAAGACAAGCGCUACGCCUUUGACGAUACAUGGAGCUCAACAAGCGCCGACCUCGAGAGCAAGGGAGUCUCGCGAACCGGUCUCGUCCCUGUGCUCGAGUACAACGGCGUCUACCUGUCCCAGCAUAUGCCCAUGCUCCGCUUUCUUGCCCGCGAACUCGGUAGCUACGAUGGCGAGUCGAGCGCUGAUAAAUACCUCGUCGAUACUGUCGCGGACAUAUACAUCGACUGGCGGGCCGAAUGGGUCAGCAAUCUCAAGACUGUUACGGACCAGUAUAAGAACAAGGUCGCACCCGAGUAUUAUAACCUCGUCGCCAAGUAUUACAAAGAGCGAGACGGCCCUUUCCUUCUCGGUAAUAAAAUCACGUAUGCAGACUUUGCCAUCUAUCAGUCUAUCGACAAUGAUGAAAAGAUCGGGACUCUUCCGGGAAAUCUGCCGGACUCAAUCUUGGCCUUGAAGAAGGCCAUGGAGGCUCGGCCAAAGGUGGCUGCGUACUUGGGAUCCGGCCGCAAAAUCACGACCUAG